AUGGCGCAGGAAACGACAUUGAAGCUGGGUCACCUGGCAAACGAGCAGAAUGCCUGGCACAAGGCAGCGGUCAAAUUCGGUGAAGAGCUUUCGACACUGACCGAUGGGCGGAUCGCAGUCGAGGUCUAUCCGAACGAGUCGCUCGGCAAGGAAAUCGACCUGAUCAAUGGCAUGCAGCUUGGCACGGUCGACAUGACAAUCACCGGCGAAAGCCUGCAGAACUGGGCUCCGAUGGCAGCGCUUCUCGCAGUCCCAUACGCUUAUGCGUCGACCGAGCACAUGGACGAAAUCGCCUCCGGCGAUAUCGGCGACCAGAUCAAGGCACAAAUUGUCGAAAAGGCGCAGAUCAGGCCAAUUGCCUAUUUCGCGCGCGGACCACGCAAUCUCACGUCAAACCGGGCCAUCCCGUCUCCGGAUCAGCUUGAGAGCCUGAAGAUGCGCGUUCCCAAUGUGCCACUCUUCGUUGACGUUUGGAAAGCACUUGGGGCCGCGCCGACACCCAUGGCCUUUUCGGAAGUGUUCACAAGCUUGCAGAACGGCACCAUCGGGGCUCAGGAAAACCCGCUUGCCCUGAUCCGUUCGGCGAAUUUCAACGAGGUCCAGUCACAUGUGAACCUGACCCAGCACGUCAGAUCCUGGAUCUACCUGACGAUUGCUGAAUCGACCUGGCAAAACCUCAGCCCCGAAGACCAGGCAAGCGUUCUUGAAGCGGCGAAACGCGCCCAGGCUUUUGAACGAGGCCUUCUUGAGGCCAGUCUCGCAGAAGACCGUGCCUAUCUGGAAGACAAGGGAAUGACCUUUGUCGAGGUCGAUGGAGCAGCCUAUGCAGCAGCGGCGAAGGACGCAGUUCUGGCGAACGUAAACGACGAGGUCAAACCGAUCGUGGAAGAUCUCUUCAACAGUCAGAAGUAG